CGACGACGCCGCAUCGACAAGUACGACACCCAGCCGCGCAACAGGUAAGUAACAGAGUCGCGCGCUACGAAUUGUGACAAAGCGGAUAUUUGCGACAUCACGGGACAGGCUUUUGGCACUUUUGGUACCCAAAUCCGACGACGCCACUCGGUUGAUCUCGCAGUGGCUGCGUGCAGACGACAACACACCGUCAUCUCGGCAUUAGCAUCAGACCACAUCCCUCCGACGACAUCGACGAUCAACGUCUCUUUUGUUUUCUGUCGACACCGACUUCGCAACGCUCUUUCAUACCGUUUCCUGAAUUCCUUUGACACAUGCGAAAUCGCGCGGACCAGCACGGCGCUGCGUAAACAAGCCAAAUGUCCGAGCCGCCCUCGUCACCCCCUAGAGAAGGAGCCAGCGUGGAGGAUGCCCUGGCAUGGUACAAGUCGCAGUAUGAGGUGCUGGAAUCGGAGUUGUCCGAGUUCCAGGCCUCGAGCAAGGAACUUGAGGCCGAACUCGAAAAGGAUCUAGAAGCGGCAGACAAGCGGGAACGGGCAUUGCGACAGAAGGCAGAGGAUUUCAAAUAUGAGGUGGAGGAGUGGAAGAAGAAAUACAAGGAGGCCAAGGCAGAGGCCAACGCAGCGCAGAAUAUCCUCGAGAAAGAGAUUACGGGCCUCCGCGACGCGAACAGGACCCUGCAGCUGAGAUUGCGCGACAUCGAAGUGGCCAACGAUGACUUCGAGCGCCAGGCACGAACUACCACCUCGUCCCUGGAAGACCUCGAGUCCAAGUACAACGUCGCGAUAGAAAGAGCCGUCAUGCUGGAGGAGGAAAUCAAGAUUGGGGAGCAGGAACGAGAGAAACUACGAGUCGAGACGCAAAGACUCCGGGAAGAGCUGGCCGAUCUAAAGAUCGAAGCCGAGAUUCUGCAAGACAAAAUCAAGAAGCAGGAGUCGCGCCACCUCUCGAGCAUCUCGACGGACGUUUCUUCGAUUCCGGGAUCUCCGUCUUUUUGCAACUCGCCGCACUCGACGGCGAGCUCCCCGAUGAUCAUGACUCCCCCGGAUCUGAAGUUGCUGUCCACAGCAGACACAGCCUCAGAGAUCCACGAUCCGCCCUCGCCUCCCAUGUCCGAUGCGUCGAUGCCUCUGCCUAGAUUGGGCGGGCUCAAGACACCGGCUCCGCAGAGAAAAAGCCGACUUCCGUCCGCCGAAAACAGUAUCACACCGAAGCCCAGGGCAUUCACGGCGUCUACAUCGUCUUCCCGUGCGACUCGCGUCGUAACUAACUCGGGUUCGGGUGCGAUGCGAACACCCGCCCACAGGUCUUCAGCUGCAAGAUCUGCCCGUCCCCCAGUUAACAGAAUACCGCCCUCCAACUCGCUCACUCACAUCCGGACACUCACCGCCCAAAUGCAACGGCUAGAGGCGCGGGUGCAGUCUGCUCGGUCUAAGCUGCCAGGACCCGCCAAUACACCACCCCGGUCAUCCCCACGAGGUGCUAUCGUCCCAUCCACCGUCACCAUUCGUAGCCGCAAGCGCGGCGUCGGCUCAACAGCCUCAUCCAGCGCCGCCAGCCUCGCCGGUUCUGAAAUGACUCCCUCCCAGCCACGCCACGCGCCGUCCGACUCCCGCAGCAGCAUCUCCUCCAGCGCGAACAAGCACGUCCCGCGACUUAGUACGUCCGGCGUCUCGCGCCUGUCCUUCGGCCCGCUGCCCAACCGCAACCCCACAGGCUCCAACAUCAACGCCACAUCCUCGACCCCGCACAGCACCGACCCGGACUACUCCCGCCCGAGCAGCCGAGCUAGCGUCUCGAGCUACGCCCGCCCCGCGAGCCGUACCGAGUCCCACCGUGACACAAGCAGCAUUAUGCCGCCCCCACGACCUAUGAGCCGCGCCAGCCUGUCAGGCACCCGUACCCCGCUCGGCAGGCCGCGCAGCAGCCUCGGCAUGCACGGCGGCCACGGCCACAGCGGCAGCGUCAGCUACAGCACCGCCGAGACGGACGAGUUUGCCAUCUCUAUGGACGGCGUCGGCGAGUUGCGCACGCCUAGUAGGCGGGGGACGUACAGCCGUCUGGAACUGGAGGCUGCUACGAGUGGGGGGAUUCCGCCUCUGCCGACGGGCGCGCACAGUGGGAUUCCUGUGCCCAGCUCGAGGAGGCAGAGUGGCGGAACUGGUAGGAGGAUUAGUGGGGCGAGUACGUCGGCGAGGGUGUUGGAAGAUCUGGGGGAGACGUAUUGAUCACGCUACCUGGUAUUGGUAGUUGAGGGUGGGUAACUUGGUGAAUCGGACAUGGAUAACUAGGCCUACAGCAGGGGUGGGAAGGGAGGGUCUCCUUUGUCUCUUGGUCGUGCGCUGACUGGGGGUUGGGUUGAGGGUUUUGCAGUGUUGUCUUUGAGUUGCUGUUGCGCGGAUACCUCGCUUGGCUUGGCUUGGGCGGGUUUGGGUGUUGAGACGGGAAUACCUUACUGAUAGGCAUAUUCAUUUCCUUUGUUAUACCUUGUGCUCCUAUCUGCCGUGCGGCACGCUGUCCGACGUUGGAGUGAUGUGUGCUGCAUUGUAUUGGCGGGAUUGGCUGCUGAAAGGACAGAAGCAAGUGCCCCUAAUGGCUUCAGGUGUCUCUUAUGGCUUCAAGCGUAUCUUACGGCUU